CAGAGACAGACAAUGUCCAACAGCAGCUCCAUCACCCACUUCCUCCUCCUGCCAUUCACAGGCACACGGCAGCUGCAGCUUCUGUACUUCUGGCUCUUCCUGGCCAUCUACCUGGCCAUCUACCUGGGUGCCCUCCUGGCUAACAGCCUCAUCAUCACCACCAUAGCCUGUGACCACCACCUCCACACUCCCAUGUACUUCUUCCUCCUCAACCUUUCCUUCCUAGAUCUUGGUUCCAUCUCUACCACUCUUUCCAAAUCCAUGGCCAAUUUCCUCUGGGACACCAGGACCAUCUCCUAUGUAGGAUGUGCUUCUCAACUCUUUUUCUUUUUCUUUCUUCUUUCAGCAGAGUUUUCUCUCCUCACUGUCAUGGCCUACGAUCGCUACGUUGCCAUCUGCAGACCCCUGCACUAUGAGACUCUCCUGGGCAGCAGAGUUUGUGUCCACCUGGCUGCAGCUGCCUGGGCCUGUGGCUUUCUCAAUGCUCUGCUGCGCACAGCCAAUACAUUUUCAUUGCCCCUCUGCCAGGGCAAUGCUGUGGAACAGUUCUUCUGUGAAAUUCCCCCAAUCCUCAAGCUCUCCUGCUCCACAUCCUACCUCAGGGAAGUUUGGUUUCUUGCCUUUAGUACUUUAGCAUUUGUUGGAUGUUUUGUGUUCAUUGUGGUGUCCUAUAUGCAGAUCUUCAGGGCUGUGCUGAGGAUCCCCUCUCAGCAGGGACGCCACAAAGCCUUUGCCACUUGCCUCCCUCACCUGGCUGUGGUCUCCUUGUGUUUCAGCACUGGCUUCUUUGCCUACCUGAAGCCCUCCUCCAUCUCCUCCCCAUCCCUGGACCUGGUGGUGGCAGUUCUGUACUCGGUGGUGCCUCCAACAGUGAACCCUCUCAUCUACAGCCUGAGGAACCAGGAGCUCCAGGCUGCCAUGAGCAAACUGAUCACUGGAUGA